AACAAGUCGAACAGUACAGAUGAGUACAGGCGGAACCACUGAUGGCGGGAGCAGAGGAGGGAAAUUUAAAAUACGGAAGAACUGGGUGGCGCUGUUGGCUACUGUUGUUGUUCACGUAGCUAACGCAGCUAAACCAACUGAGCUAAUCUUCAUCUUUACAUCGAUCAAUAGUUUGUUUCAUUUUAUGUGUAACGCAGAAAUUUAUGCUUUAUGGACCAUUUACGAGAUCAGACUUUAAAUCUGGACUCGCCGUCUAAACAGAGUUACGUUGGUAGUUUUUACAUGCCCCCAGAGAAGCUCUCAAGACCCCUGUACAUGAACACAGUGUCGCAUCCACCGGACAGGAAUAUAUCAGGAUUACAGGAGAUCAGCCCACAGGUUUAUCGUACGGUUCCUGAUGCUGGAAGCAGAGCAGUGAUAGCAGCCCUGAAGACGCUGCAGGAGAAAAUGCGACGCAUCGAGCUGGAGAGAGCUCAGGCAGCGAAGAACGCCCAGCACUUCUCUCAAGAUGCUCAACUCCAAGUUAAUACUUCUGCACAGAUAGAGAUUAACUCCAAAGAGAGAAAGAAUGAGUCCUCACAGAAGAAAGAGCUGGCUUCAAAGCUUCGUUCUGCAGAAACGCGCUGUUCUCUGCUGGAAAAACAGCUCGACUACAUGAAGAAAAUGGUGGCGUGUGCAGAGACCGACAGCAUCACUCAGAGGGAAAGACGGGUGAGCAGAAUACUGCAGUCGAACUUGGGCAUAGAGGAGCCAGUUUGCAAGGAGGGCACAAAUACCGACCUACAAAUACAGGCACAACUCAACAAAUUGGAAAGACUUGAAAAGGAGUAUCUCAAACUCACCAGUACACAAUCUGAGGCUGAGAGAAAGAUUGAGCUCUUAGAACAGAAGCUUUUAUUGGAGGAACAUCAGCGUAAACUUGUCCAGGAUAAAGCAGAAGAGUUGCAGAGAGAUUUUGAGAAGAAUCUCCUCUCGCUUUCGGCUGCUACACGACCCAAAGGCAAGAAAAAGAAGGACAAGGCCUCAUGCAGGUCCCCCUCAGUGAAGGCGGAGGCCGCCCCACCUCAGUUUCUUCCUAAGGCUAAACGGCUACCAUUUGUAGCUGGAACAUCAACCAGUCCCAGUCACUCAGUCAACGCUAAUGUUCAGAGUGUGUUGCACAUGAUGAAGCACAGGAACCCCCGGCUAUGCGAAAGAGUGAGCGCCCUGCAGAAGUCCGCUUCUGAAAACCAGAGGGACCAACGUGAACCUCAGUUCUCCCCCGACAAGGCAGCCUCCGCCCUGGGCAGCCUCUCUGAAAUUCUGCUUGCCCUUCAGGAUGAACUGGGACAAAUGAGCUUUGAACACCAGGAGCUGGUCAAGCAGAUAGAUGAGACUGAUAAACGAGAACUCAGAGACGACCUCGAGAGAGAGCUGGACUGCCUGGUCAGGAGAAUGGAAGAAAAAGCAACUCAGAUCUCCAAACUACGCAAACAUCAGCAAACAGUUCAGAAGCUUGCCCAGCCACCCAGCAGCCCCAGACAAAAACAGCAAAAGCAAGCCAAGCCAGGCGGCACAGAGGACAAAACAAGAAUACAGAGUGGGGUACAAGCCUUCCCAGUAUCCCCAGUCAAAGCCUCACCCAGUAAGGGCCAGAAACAGUGCAGGACCAGUCAAGAGUCUCUGAGGCUCCUCAGAGAGACGCAGAAACUGGGUUCCAGUCUCCGGAGAAAGGACAUCACCUGGGAGACAUAGUCUCUCUUCCUGUGUUCUUUAAAAAACAUCCUGGACUUUAGCAGAGAACAAAUCAGAAGGACACUGGAGGGAUGCAAGAUCUAUGAUCAUUGUCCUUUUUUAAAGACGAUAACAAAAGAUUGUAUUAAUCUGCAUCAGAAUUCAACAUCAUUUGUUUUACCUCCAUGAUGUAAAUGAGCUUUUUAAUUUAUUUUCUUUCUGAUCUUAAUACUUGUUUGAACAAUAAGAUAAAAAUAAAAUAUUGACACAUUUUCAAAGUA